AUGGUUGCCAUCUCAUUGAACAAUAUUUACCUAUGUCGUGACAAUAUUCGGUCCUCGCAUAAUGACUACCAUCUCGCCAUGUUCCGCUCCUCCGGCCUUCUUGAAGUACACUCCCCGAGCUCUUGA